GGUCGUGGCAGCUGAACGUGAACGUGCUAAUAUUUCGACAGUGGAAAACCCGAGUAUUAAGCGCUCAUUUACAGUUUCUGAAAUCGUCUGCUCAACGCAGCAUGCUUACAGAUGGUUAACGUUUGACGUCUGAUAAGUUCUAAACUGCGCUGUGCGUUAAAUUCCUGACCGCGAGCUAUCGUAUGACUACCACCGGUAGCCAGGGAGGCUGGUUGGAUUUGACACUUGUAUCCGUCCGUGACUGUCACCGAGAAGGCACCUAUUCGUCUGCGGCAAGGUGCAAGCAGACUGAUCCACAGGAGAGCACCUUUUCGGGAGGUAGACAAGGACAGAGCAGUGGUGCACGUCUCGGAGGCUUUGAGACCCAGGGCUAGCCGAGCUAGCGUGUUUCCGCCAGAACCCAACGCGGAGAGAGCCUGAAAACAGUUUGGCUGGGGGGCAGCAUCACAUCAUCAGACCCAGGAAAAUGGCACGCCUGGGAGGCAGUCAAAACCAGAAAGCUGCGUGCUUGGGGGUCAGUCACUUACAUUAAACAGCACAGCGGCAGGCCUGAAUGGUUUCGGGACCCUGAAAGGAGCGCGCUGCCUUAGGGGCUGAGAGGGACUGAAAGGGGAGACUGUGCUGCAUCAUCUCCCACUAGGAGGCAAGGGCUGUAAGAAGAACAGUAAGACCCAGCAGAGCGAGGGUGAGAAGAACAAUCCACAGGUUCAAGCUGGGUCUCCUCUUCUCAGCACAUCACGUGUUAACCUCUAGAACCGGGGGUGGGCCUGCCCCACCGAUGUUCCACACAACCAUCUCCGGGGAACGCUUCACCGCUGCCAUCCAUCGAUGGCCGUCGUUUGACGGGGCCAACUGCGAAUGCUGAGCAGGCUAGUGAGGUUGGGGCCCGCCCUCAGUCUCCGCUCAUUGGCCGCUGGAUGGAAUUGAGGUGAAUGGAGCCCAUUUCCAACGUUGAGGACCCCAACUCACCAGAGGGAGAUGAGAAACGGUGGCCCGAUGGCCCGAAAAGGAAGAGAAAGAACAGCACAAGUUCAGUGAAGAGCAUGUCUGCACUGAGCCUCUCUGUCCCAGGAUACAUCCCCAGCUACUUGGAGAAGGAUGAGCCGUGUGUGGUAUGUGGAGACAAGGCCACCGGCUACCAUUACCGCUGCAUCACCUGCGAGGGCUGCAAGGGUUUCUUCAGGCGCACUAUCCAGAAGAACCUUCACCCGGCUUACUCCUGUAAGUACGAUGGCUGCUGCAUCAUCGACAAGAUCACAAGGAACCAGUGCCAACUGUGUCGCUUCAGGAAGUGCAUCGCAGUUGGCAUGGCCAUGGACCUGGUGCUGGACGACUCUAAGCGGGUAGCUAAGCGGCGACUGAUUGAGGAGAACCGGGAGAAGAGGAAGAAGGACGAGAUCGUGAAGACCCUGCAGACGCGUCCGGAGCCCGACAGCUCGGAGUGGGAGCUGAUCCGCCAUGUGACAGAAGCCCACCGCCACACCAACGCGCAGGGCUCCCACUGGAAACAGAAACGCAAGUUCCUGCCUGAGGACAUAGGACAGUCCCCCGUGGCUCCCACCCCAGACGGAGACAAGGUAGACCUGGAGGCCUUCAGCGAGUUCACCAAGAUCAUCACCCCCGCCAUCACACGCGUCGUCGACUUUGCCAAAAAACUGCCCAUGUUCUCAGAGCUGCCUUGUGAGGACCAGAUCAUCCUAUUGAAAGGCUGCUGUAUGGAGAUCAUGUCGCUGCGCGCCGCCGUGCGCUACGACCCCGAGAGCGAGACGCUUACCCUGAGCGGCGAGAUGGCGGUGAAGAGGGAGCAGCUGAAGAAUGGCGGGCUGGGCGUGGUGUCGGACGCCAUCUUUGAUUUGGGCAAGAGCCUGGCGCAGUUUAACCUGGAUGACUCGGAGGUGGCCCUGCUGCAGGCCGUGCUUCUCAUGAGCUCAGACAGGACAAACAACGAAUCCACUGGUGGUAUAAAGAUGCUGUGUCUGAUGACAAACGCAAAGGAAACUUUCUUUCAGAGGAAAAGACAGACAGGAUACCUUGGAAGCCAACUGAGCUCGAUGGAGGGUUCAGCAGUAUUCACCUGUGGAUGGAUACCCUGGUUCUCAAUGUGGCAGGUCCAGAGACAAGACAAGACUGAGAGGCCUAGCCGAUGCAACCUGCCACAUAAUGUACUUUUUACAGCACCAUUCACAUUAGCAACCCCCUUUCUCCUAAAGUGUGAAAAAUGGUUGCCCCAGAGAGCCAUAAAGCCUUUGAGAUGACUCUCUAACUGUCCUCCCCGCACAUCCAAUCCUACACCCAGCCAGCUCUGAGCUUUCUUUACAUGUCCCCCUCCCCUCUCCUUCAAAGCCAUUGACAGGUUUUUGUUUUGCACUAAAGUGAUAUCUCCCCCUGUAUUUUCCAUAUAUAUGCCCUCUGUUGCUAUACAAGCCAGAUCACCACCUAAUACAAUACCUCUCCUUUCCUGCAGUCUUACCCUAAUGCCGAGCUUCUGCCAGGUGCCUAACAUUCUGUCACCACACACACACUCUCAGUAUUACCACAAGGGGGUUUAAAGGAACCUAGAAGCUCUUAACUGUAUGGAAAAUAGGAUGUCAUUCAAACACAUGCGCAGAGAUGUGAUAUGGCUCACUUGAAAAAGAGAUGCCGAUCUCAAUGUGACUGUCCUGCUUAAAUAAAGGAUACAUAAAAUAUAUGCAGCAUAAUGAUAAUCAGCUCUUUAUCACUGUGAACGAGCCAGGCUUUGACCAGACAGUUGGUUUGGAUAAGGUGUAGAAUAGGGUUGGCUUUAGCUGUGAACGACAUUGAAAUGUUCCCCAGAGGGGUCGUGAUUUAACAACAUGUAGAAGAAGGGAGCUUUUCCACACAGCCAGUGGUCCCUAGACUACUGACAAUCUCAGACAGAAUCCGACUCACCAGCACAGCAGAUAGUUCCUCCGGCUCUAGCUGGCCAUCCUCGUGUUAGGACAGUGUGGAUACAAUCAACCGACAAAUGUUAGCUUAGGUAUGUCCUUCCACGCUACCCCCAAACCUCCCAUUCUCCACACUGUUCCUAUUGCACCACCUUAACUAACCACACUACUAAGCCAGGGAUAUCAUCUACAUUCUAGAACUCAACACAUUUCUUCCCGUACACAAAUUCAUUUAUUUAAAUGGAGAAUUUUCCAUCGAACAUGCUUCUUAGUCCAGGACUAGUCUUAAUCUGGGUCCAGGAAACUAGCCCCAAUGUCCCCCCUCCCCAUUAUGACAAUCUCAUGCUUUGCCCUCACUCGCUUUAACCUCCCCAUAACUUCUUCCUCCCCACAACAUGGCUGUCUCGCUCCCCUCAACAUCCAAUCGAACCCCAACCAAAAGUAGCACUUAGAGAACUUAGAGAGGAAGGAAAUCCCAGGUACAUGAAUGAUACAGUGAGGGAAAAAAGUAUUUGAUCCCCUGCUGAUUUUAUAAGUUUGCCCACUGAAAAAGACAUGA